AUGCAGCAACAGCUUCAUGGUUUUGAUCAAAGCAGAAAUUUUCAACAUCCUUACGUCUCUAACACUCAAGAUUACUCAGCAUUAGUUUCAGUACAAGAAUCUGAGUUGAAGAAUCACUUGAUGCAGCGGCAGAAGGAGCUUCAUGGUUUUGAUCAGAACACAGUUCCAGGUGUGUUCUGUUCUGAUUUCCAGAAGAACCCUUGUGGUGAUAUGGUCGCUAGCACUAGCUUCUCUCAAGAUUGUCCAAAUAUGCUUUCAAGCAAUGGUGAGAGUAGUCUGCUUCAAACAUCAUCUCUACCAUAUCUCCACGCCAUUCCUAAAACUUAUUGGCUUCCUGAAAACUCAAGAAUUCUCUGA